AUGGCCCUGCUAGCCGUGUUGCUCCUGAGCGCAGCCCUGGGCGCCUUACUCAGCUUCGCGCUGCUGGCAGCGGCCGUCGCCAGCGACUACUGGUACAUCCUGGAGGUGGCGGACGCUGGCGGCCCCGGUGGCGCGCAGCUCUUCUCGCAUUCCGGGCUCUGGCGCACCUGUGAAGGGCAGAACGGCUGCGUGCCCCUGAUUGAUCCGUUUGCCAGUGCCGGCCUGGAAGCUUCUCCCUCCAUACAGCACCUGCUCUCCCUGCAUCGCACAGUCAUGGUAGUCUUGCCUCUGAGCCUUGUCCUCAUCGUGUGCGGUUGGGUCGGCGGCUUGCUCAGCUCCCUGUCCCAGAGUGUCCCUCUGCUGCUGGCCACUGGCUGCUACUUCUUGCUAGGGGGUGCCCUGACCCUGGCAGGGCUCAGCAUCUACAUCAGCUACUCACACCUGGCAUUCGUGGAGGCGGCCCGCGUGUAUGGCGUGAAGCACGUGCAGAGCGUGCGCAUCAGCUUCGGCUGGUCACUAGCCCUGGCCUGGGCCUCCUGCGCCUCGGAGGUGCUCAGCGGUGCCCUCCUGCUCGCAGCUGCCCGGCUCCUCAGCCUGAGCCAGCGCCCAGGAAUGCCCCACUCUGUGAUCCUUUGAGUCCCAGUGUGACAGGGUGCUGGGGAGAAGGAAGCCCUGGACGCCCUCGACAUUUGCCGGAAUCCUGGCUGGGAAGGGGCCCUGGGGGUGAUGGGGGGGGAAGAGAGUGGGGGGAGUGCUCUAUUCUACUCCAUUUGGACAUGAGAAGGGCAGGUGGGUAGCCGGUGCCUCGAGUCAUGAGCUCUUGAUGGGGUGCCUCAGGGUUCUGUGUGUCCCCAAGGUGCUCUUGCUCUGGGGGAUGUAGCCCCCUCCAACCUAGGGAGCUGAGACAGUCCUCCUCUGUGCUAUGUGCCUGCUCCCCUUCCUCUCCAUCCCCCACAGACUAGGUAAUAGUUACCACUCACCCAAUGCCACAGAGUGGGAGACUGAGGCCAGAAGGCCCAAGAACGGAUGGCAGGGCUGGGUGUCGCUGCUCUUCGGCAGGACCCCUGGGUUCAGUUUUGUUCCCUUUCCCAAGGGGAGGUUGGUGGGGAGGAAGCUCGAGGCUGGGUGGGAGGCACACCUUCCAGCAAGGUGGACCUUUGGGUCUCAGUCCUCGUCCUCAGCAGGUCGCUGCUCACCCUGGCCCGGGACUUUCUCUUUAUAGCAGCAACCAGGGGGAUGUCUGAGACUGGCCGCAUUAAUGGUGAGUUGGAGCCAUGCCUGGCCAGCCCCCUGGGAUGUCCGGAUAGAGGAACUCCUCAGAGGGACGCAGAAGCCUGGCCUGCAGGCUCAGCUGCAGAUGUGGAUGGGUCAGUUCACAGGCCCGGGCCUGCGGCCCUUUCCCUGCCUGGGACAGCACAGAUGAGAACUGGAUCAGCUCUGGCCACAUACGAGGGGACAGACCUGUGUUUAUGUAUCAGGACAAUAGGCAGCUGUAAGUUAGGGGCUGUGCAGUACCCCGAAGCCCCAAACAGCCCUGAUUCUGGUGUGGGCUCUUCCUGAGUUUGUGAUAUGUACUAGGGACAGUAGUGCCUCUCAAGGUUUGGUCCCAGCAGUGUCCCCAAGCCACUUAGAUUGCUUCUAAGGGUCUGGGGAGCUUCUGGGGAGCAGGGUUUAGGGGGACCCCCUGAGGACAAUGGACUGGAGCUGAUGGAGACCCUGCCUUCCAGUUUGUGUUCAGACCUUUGCCAUUCCAUGUAAGAGCACUUCCAAGUGUCUGAAUAAAUCAGCUGUG